UCGACGUCUGAACGGUGGCAUCUGCCGUCGGCAGAUUGGGUUUUUUUUUUUUUUUUUUAUUGUGCAGAUGUGGUCUGCAAGCAGAGGGGCCUGCUCGCUGAGGUGAAGCCUUCGGGGGAUUUAAUCACUGAUCACGAUGAGCAGAAAAUCAGUGUUGGAUGUCUUCGGUUACUCCUGGAUGAGACUAAUAAUGGAGACUUUUUGCACUGUAGAUGAACAAUGUGAGAUCCCUGCUGGUAAUCACAGCUGAGAUUCACUGAAUAAGGACAACUGCAGCUUGUGGGUUUUUUUUCACACCCUAAGAGGGAAAAAAAUGAGCAGGUUUUCACUCUCAGUCGAAAUGGGACUCACCUGACUUUGUAUCAACACGCACGUUGGAUGCCAAAUGUACAAUGUCAACUUCUCAGGCACCCAGUAUGGGCAUAAAUUUCAGUGAUGUUCCCCAGGAGCUUCGUUUUAGUGGCUCCCACCAGCAAUCGGUCUGGUCGUCCACGACGAACAGCGUGAUGAAGAUGGUGCUGAUAUUGCUGAUUAUGUGCUUAUCCUUGUUUGGGAAUGUGGUCGUAUUGCUGGUGUUCCAAAGGAAGCCGCAGCUCCUCCACGUCGCCAACCGCUUCGUCCUCAACCUCCUCUUGGCAGACCUCCUCCAGACCAUAUUAGUCAUGCCUUUUGCCAUUGCAGCCACUGUUCCAGGUGUGUGGCCUCUGGAUGCUAGAUUGUGUCAGGCUCUGGUGGUGCUUAUGCACCUUUUCGCCUUUGCUGGGGUCAACACCAUCAUCGUCGUCUCUGUGGAUCGCUAUCUGGCCAUCAUCCACCCUCUAUCUUACCCGACCCGCAUGACCCCUCACUUGGGCACAAAUUUGAUUGCUUGCACCUGGGUACUGAGUUUCCUGCAGAGCACUCCUCCGUUAUAUGGCUGGGGGGCCAUUGACUUUGACCACCAUCACAAGGUCUGCACGGUUGUAUGGUCCUCUAGUCUGUCUUACUCUGCCAUGGUGUCUACCUUUUCCUUCUGGCUGCCCAUGCUCAUCAUGUUUGGAUGUUACUGGAUGGUGUUCAGAGCAGCCCGGAGGCAGAACGCACUUGUGCACCCCAUACAGACGCAGUCCUACUCCCAGCCCUGUCAACAGGAAUUCCAGGGGCCUGGGAGCCCUCAAAGGCAGGCCCACCCCGAGCAGGCCAGUUCCCCUGCCAGGCGAUACCCAGUUCGGGUUAGGCACAGACGGUUCCACUACCACUGCAAGGCUGCUCGUGUGGUUUUUGUUAUCAUGGCUUCAUAUAUCCUCAGCAUGGGUCCUUACAGCAUUCUGAAUACUAUAUCUAUGAACAACAGAGCAGCGGUUCCCCCCUGGUUAUCCUCCCUUGCCCUCGUGCUCUUCUUUUUACAGUGCUGCCUGCAUCCAUACAUUUACGGCUACAUGCAUCGUAGCGUGAGGAAAGAGUUCCUGGCUCUGCUCUGCGGGCUGCUUUGCAAACAGGGCCGUCCCAACCAGAGCUCCGCCAUGGAGAGCUGCUUCCCUACGACGGAGGGCCGUUCCGGCGCUCACCCUCACCUGCCCAGUCUGGCGGCCCGAGUUUUUCCUCUGCAGACUUGGGAAGAAUGUACAACAUCUUCCUCUCCCACCUUUGACAGGAAGUCAAGGGAGAGCCGCAAAGAGACCACGUCUACCAGCAUCAGCUCUGAGAGGGAGCUCCCCGUCCACAGCAAACAAAGCACAUGAGCAGUCACUGGAUGGAAAACAUAUGUUGUUACUUGAAAAGUCUGCCAUGCCGUACGUUCACGCUCAUGGAUCUUCUUGGCAGCAGGAUUUUUACUCCCAGAGCUCCUGAAAGGAGGAGUUGUGGGACCAUUUUAUAGUUAAUAUAAUGAUCUCUUACUGUUUUGGCUUAAACUUGGUUAUAUGUUUAGGUGUCUUUGGAAAAAAAAAAGUAUUUAAUAGGACUGGCUGCAGAAGAAAAAAACAAUGUUUUUAAUAUGUUAAUGCAGUUUUAAUAGUUACCUCAUGGCCUACCUGUACCCAUGUGUGAAGCUGUCAUUAUGUUCCGUCUGUAUUUGAAAUGUAUGCAAUAUUAUAAUUGCUACUUUUAUUGAAAAUACCUGUAAGUAAUACAUUUAAACCUUAUAGUGCAAAGAAAAUAAUUUCUAUCGUCUUCAGGCCGCUCUCAAAAUUGUACUUACAGCCCAUAGCUGGUGUAAUACUGAUUGUGUAUUAAUCUGCUUCAUCUGUACAACUAGACUUUUCGUGUAUGUUCUGAUUGAGCGUGCAUGGGAAGUGCAGGGUGUAAUGUACUCUGGUGCAAGCAACCUGCAUUUGCAAGUUAUGAACUCAGGGUGUUGGGGAAAACAAAAAGUCGUGGCCUAUCUCUGCUUUUAAAUUUGUGUUGAGUCUAUGAAUACAUGAGUAACUCUUCAUAGACUUAAAGCGCCUUUUAAAUGAGAAUAAAACUAGUUCAUUGUGCCUUUCAGUUGCAGAACACUGAGGUGU